CAGGUUUGGCCCAUCACAGUCACUCUUCCUGUGUGCUUGAGAGCUAGCAGCAUCCAAAAUCAGCCCUUGAACCUUGAGGCCUUGGAGAUUCAGGAGUUUUGAGAGCAAAAUGACAACACCCAGAAAUUCGGUAAAUGGAACUUUCCCAGCAGAACCUAUGAAAGGCCCUCUUUCUGCACAACCUGUUCAAAAUGUGACCCUGAGAAGGAUGUCUUCCCUGGUGGGCCCCACGCAGAGCUUCUUCAUGAGGCAGGCUAAAGCCUUAGGGGCUGUCCAGAUCAUGAAUGGGCUUUUCCACAUUGCCCUGGGGGGCCUUCUGAUGAUCCCCACGGGGGAAUAUGCACCCAUCUGUGUGACUGUGUGGUACCCUAUCUGGGGAGGCAUUAUGUAUAUUAUUUCUGGAUCACUCGUGGCAGCAGCAGAGAAAAACUCCAGGAAGAGUUUGGUCAAAGGGAAAGUGAUAAUGAACUCACUGAGCCUCUUUGCUGCCAUUUCUGGAAUGAUUCUUUCUAUCUUGGACAUACUUAAUAUUAAAAUCUCCCAUUUUUUAAAAAUGGAGAGUCAGAAUCUCAUUAAAACGCCUGUGCCGUAUAUUAACAUAUACAACUGUGAACCAACUAGGCUCUCUGAGAUAAGCUCUCCAUCCACGCAAUACUGUUACAGCAUACGAGCUGUGUUUUUGGCCAUCUUGUCAGUGAUGCUCAUCUUCGCCUUCUUCCAGGAACUUGUGGUCGCUGGCAUUGUUGAGAAUGAAUGGAAAAGAAUGUGCUCCAGACCCAAAGCUAACGUGGUUCUCCUGUCAGCUGAAGAAAAAAAAGAACAAGCCAUUGAAAUAAAAGAAGAACUAGUUGAGCUAGCUGAGAUACCUUCCCAACCAAAGAAUGAAGAAGACAGUGAAAUUAUUCCAAUCCAAGAAGAAGAAGAAACAGAAGUAAACUUCCCUGAACCUCCCCAAGAUCAGGAAUCCUCACCAGUAGAAAAUGACAUCUCUGCUUAAAACAUCUCUUCUUUUUCUGUUUCCUUUUCUAAGUAUUAGUGUUCAUAGCUACCAAGCAAUACAUUUACCUUCAUUUCAUGAGGUACGAUGCAUAGUUCCUCCAUAUUUCUAUGUGGUCUUACUAUAGAGUGGCCACAAAUCUUGUUUUCUCACAUUCAGAGAAUAUAGCCACUGUAGCAGAUUGUGUUGUCACAUUUCUUGUUUUGGGUAACUUUGCUACAUUGAAAAAAGGCAUAAUAAAUGCUGCAGAAUGUGCUUUCCCAUUAACCUUUUCUUGGAUAGGCUUUUUCGUAGCAGAAGUAGCUUUUUUUUAUUUUUUUUUUUU